AAAGAAUUUGACAUUUGUUCGUUAACUUUCGAUUAAACCGUUCAGUAGCGCUGUUUCAACUUUUAAAUAAAAUUUAAUAUUCUAAAAGCAUAAAUAAUCUGCAAAUUCUUAAAAUAUUUUAUUAGAGUGCAAUCUUCUAAUUUUAAAUAUUUUGAUAAACGAAUCAAACAUGGAAAUAAAUAUGAAUAUUGGGGAGGAGUUAAGAAAUGAAGGUAAAAAGAAAAAUGCGACUUCAAAAAAUGAAAAACCACAUCUAUUGUAUGGAAUAAAUGACAAUCCGCCAUGGUAUUUGAGUAUAUUUUUGGCAUUUCAACAUUAUUUGACAAUGAUUGGUGCGAUCGUGUCUAUACCAUUUAUUUUAACUCCAGCACUUUGUAUGAGCGAUGAAGAUCCUAAUCGAGGCAUUCUGAUAUCAACGAUGAUAUUCGUAACUGGAAUUGUGACUUUCUUCCAGGCAACAUGGGGAGUUCGUUUGCCGAUUGUUCAGGGCGGUACUAUUUCAUUUCUGGUGCCAACUCUGGCAAUAUUGGCAUUGCCACAGUGGAGAUGUCCCGCGGAAAAUGUAAUAACGGAAAUAAACGAUGACGAUCGCCAAGAAUUGUGGCAGGUUCGAAUGCGUGAAUUAUCGGGGGCAAUAGCUGUUUCAGCCAUGGUACAAGUUGUGUUGGGCUAUACCGGUUUGGUGGGAAAGAUUUUGCGUUUUGUAACUCCUCUUACAAUAGUACCCACUGUUUCGCUCGUGGGUCUUACCUUAUUUGAGCAUGCUGCGGAAACGGCUUCCAAACACUGGGGUAUUGCCUUUGGAACUAUCAGUUUACUUACCCUCUUUUCCCAAAUAAUGUCAAACAUAGCCAUACCUGUCCCUGUUUAUCGAAAAGGUUAUGGUUUGGAAUGGCAGCCAUUUCUACUCUUUCGUUUAUUUCCGGUUCUUCUGACAAUAAUUUUGAUGUGGGGUCUAUGUGGAUUUUUAACUCUAGCAAAUAUUUUUGGAGAUGGACAUCCGUCUAGAACUGAUGUGCGUAUUAAUGUUUUGACAAAUGCAAAAUGGUUUUACAUUCCUUAUCCAGGCCAAUUUGGUGUACCCUCUGUUACUCUUUCCGGAGUUUUGGGAAUGUUAGCUGGAGUUUUAGCUUGUACUGUGGAAUCUCUAAGUUACUACCCCACAGUAUCUCAAAUGUCUGGAGCUCAAUCUCCACCAUUACAUGCAAUAAACCGAGGCAUUGGCACUGAAGGUUUAGGUACAGUUUUGGCGGGUCUCUGGGGAGCUGGAAAUGGUACAAACACAUUUGGUGAAAAUGUUGGAGCUAUUGGAGUAACGAAAAUUGGAUCACGCCGGGUCAUUCAAUGGGCUGCACUUAUAAUGGUUUUGCAGGGUGUAAUUGGAAAAUUUGGUGCUGUAUUUAUUUUAAUUCCAGAUUCCGUAGUUGGUGGUAUAUUCUGUGUCAUGUUUGGUAUGAUAAUUGCAUUCGGUCUAUCAACUUUGCAAUAUGUGGAUCUACGUUCAUCACGCAAUCUUUACAUUUUGGGUUUGUCAAUCUUCUUUCCCAUGGUCCUGUGCAAGUGGAUACAAGAACAUCCGGGUGCAAUUAAUACUGGUAACGAAACUGUUGACUCUACGUUAUCUGUACUUUUAGGUACAACAAUUCUAGUUGGUGGUGUAUUGGGCUGUUUUUUGGAUAACAUAAUACCGGGCUCACCAGAAGAACGAGGACUUAUAGAAUGGUCCAAUGAAAUGCCAUUGGGGGAUGAUAAUGUCAAUGAUGGCACAGCAACAGAUUAUGACUUCCCCUUUGGAAUGGAUUCUUUAAAACGAUGGAAGUGGACAUACUAUGUACCAUUUUUGCCAACAUAUAAACUACAAAAGAACUGCUAAAUUUAAAAAUAUAGACGAUGAAAUAUCAUAAAUAUGUACGAAAGUGAUAUUGAAAAAUUUUAAAAUUAAAUUAACCGGAACGGGAUUUGUAAUAAUUUUGUGAAUCAUAACGAGGAUAAAAACGUGGGAGAAAUUGUGAACUUUUUUCCAGAAAUUGACAUUUACGGCAUUUUGCUAGAACGUUAAAGAACUAGAAAAAAGUUCAAUUUGUUCUUCACAAUGACGAUACAGUCAAAUAAACAAAUAACUCUUAUAUGUUCUUUCUGAUAUAUAGCUAUGAAAUAUAAAACAAUAAUAUGAAAUAU